GUUUACAAGGUAUUCUACAAGACCUUUGCCUAAUCAAUGGCCUCCUCUGCCCCUUAUAUGUGAUCUGUGUAUCACAUAUAAGGGGCAUAUAUAUGAUAUAUAUAUGAAAAACCUGUGUUUAAAAGCAUAAUGGUGUGGUUGUCCAGAAUUUGAAACAAGACUGGCUUUGCAUGUUUGCUCAUGCUUGGUCUAAGACCCCAUCCCAUCAUCAGUGUCAAACUGGAACGGCGUCAUCUUCAUCCUGGCACGGUCCCGCAGAGGUCUACGUGGCAUGCCCAUCUGAAAUCUCUUAAAUUCUGGAUAUUCAGCAGUUCUGCUCACACGUUAAUUUUCUCUGGAAAGACACUCCCACGGCAAAACUAGCUCCUGGGCAGAGCCAGACAUGUUUUGUUUACAUCAAAUGGCUUUCUGUGAAUGUGGCUUCCUGAUAGCUGUUUGUGUUGCCUCAGUAGGCCUACCUCAUAUUGGUACAAGCACGUAGAAAACCUUAAAAUGAUGUGUUAUUGACACACUCACUCACUGCUCACAUUCUGUUUGCUGUUGUGUUCCCAUGUGAUCUCCUUCUUCAGAAAAUGUCUAAUUAGUUUACCAUGAGCCCCUCUGGACCAGGCGUGAGAACGUUUAGAGCAUGUCUGAAAACCCUUGACUAAAGACAUUUGACUGUGUUGUUUAUUUUAGGGAGCAAUGUCAAACUGUGAGCGGGAAGCUGCUAAUGUGGGGAGUUUCCUGCAGCAGAUUUUACAUUAUUAGGUGUAAUCAUGAUACCAAGCAUGAUACGGUUCUGUUUGAAUCAAUCUGUGCUGCAGAUUUAAAAAAAAAGUAAUUUUCUGAAUGGAAAAAUGACUCGGAUGUAAAUUAUCAUUGGCAUAUAUGUUUUCAUUUGUCUUGGUGGGUCUAUAUUUGUUUCCAUAUCUUGGAAUUGAAGUGAUCCAGAGAUAAUAUUUGUCUUUUUUCAUCUUCUUUUCUAGUGUGCUGUUUUGUGGUGCACAAGCGCUGUCAUGAAUUUGUCACUUUUUCCUGUCCGGGGGCCGACAAAGGGCCUGCAUCUGACGAUCCUCGUAGUAAACACAAGUUUAGAAUCCACACUUACUCCAGCCCCACCUUCUGCGACCACUGUGGCUCCCUCCUGUAUGGGCUGAUACACCAGGGCAUGAAAUGCGACCACUGUAUGAUGAACAUCCAUAAGCGAUGUGUUGCCAAUGUCCCAAGUCUGUGUGGAACGGAUCACACAGAAAGGCGAGGACGCAUCCAGAUCUCAGCCAAGAUCACUGACGACACGCUCACCGUCACCAUCAAAGAGGCUAGGAACCUGGUGCCCAUGGACCCAAACGGCCUGUCAGACCCCUACGUUAAGCUCAAGCUGAUCCCAGACCCCAAGAGCGAGAGCAAGCAGAAGACGAAGACCAUUAAGUGCUGCCUGAACCCCACCUGGAACGAAACCUUCACUUUUAACCUUAAAGAAAGCGAUAAAGACCGCCGUCUCUCGGUGGAGGUGUGGGACUGGGAUUUGACCAGCAGGAACGACUUCAUGGGAUCGCUGUCCUUUGGGAUCUCGGAGCUGCUGAAACUAGGAGUAGACGGAUGGUAUAAGCUGCUGUCUCAGGAGGAAGGAGAAUAUUUUAAUGUUCCUGUUCAGCCAGACGGAGAGGACGGCAACGAGGCAUUUAGACAAAAGUUAGAGAGAGCGAAAGUGGGGCCUGGGAAGCCCACUGACAGCUCUUCCUCUUCAGUAUGCAAAUACGACAGUAAUGGCAAUCAGGACCGCGUCAAGCUCACGGACUUCAACUUCGUCAUGGUCCUGGGCAAAGGCAGCUUCGGCAAAGUAAUGCUGGCAGAGAGGAAAGGCACAGAUGAGUUAUACGCCGUUAAAAUCCUGAAGAAAGACGUGGUGAUCCAAGAUGAUGAUGUGGAGUGCACCAUGGUGGAGAAGAGAGUUCUGGCUCUGUCUGGGAAACCUCCUUUCCUCACUCAGCUGCACUCGUGUUUCCAAACCAUGGACCGGUUAUAUUUUGUCAUGGAGUAUAUUAAUGGGGGAGAUCUAAUGUACCAAAUCCAACAGGUGGGAAAGUUUAAAGAGCCUCAUGCUGUGUUCUACGCUGCAGAGAUAGCUAUUGGGCUCUUCUUCCUUCACUCCAAAGGCAUUGUGUAUCGAGAUUUGAAGCUGGAUAACGUGAUGUUGGACUCUGAGGGACACAUAAAGAUCGCAGACUUUGGCAUGUGCAAAGAGAACAUGCUCGACGGCGUUACGACAAAGACGUUCUGUGGAACUCCAGACUACAUCGCUCCAGAGAUCAUAGCGUACCAGCCUUAUGGGAAGUCCGUAGACUGGUGGGCCUUUGGAGUGCUGCUUUAUGAAAUGCUUGCUGGACAGCCGCCUUUUGAUGGUGAGGAUGAAGAUGAGUUGUUCCAGUCCAUCAUGGAGCAUCAUGUCUCCUACCCCAAGUCCAUGUCUAAAGAAGCUGUUGCUAUCUGCAAGGGGCUCAUGACCAAACACCCAGGUAAGCGUCUGGGAUGUGGUCCAGAGGGGGAACGAGACAUCAAGGAGCAUGCCUUCUUCCGCUACAUCGACUGGGAAAAGCUAGAGAACAAAGAAGUCCAGCCGCCUUUUAAACCGAAAGCUAAAUCCCGCCGAGAUGUUGGGAACUUUGACAAGGAGUUCACAAAGAUGCCAGUGGAGCUGACGCCAACAGACAAGCUUUUCAUCAUGAAUCUGGAUCAAAAUGAGUUCCAGGGCUUCUCCUACACCAACCCUGAGUUUAUCAUACAAGUCUGAGGAGACAUCAUGAAUCUGUCACACACACACACAUGAACUACUCCAUCUCAUCAAGAGCUCUCCCUGAAUCUCAUCACACAUCUGGAAGUUGAAGCUCUCCACUAGAAGAAGAAGAAAAAUAUCAUUUCUAUGGCACCUCUCAAGAUAAAAAUCAGGAGGAGUUUCACAAAAACAAAAAAUGUAAAAAUAUUAAAAAGAAUUUAGAAAAAUGGUUAAAAAUAUAUUUAAAAGGAGCAAAAAAUAGACAAUUGUGAAAAAAAACAUUGAUAAGAAAGAGAGAGUGUGAACAGGAAAGAGGGAAAUCAGUGGAUAUGGAGGAAGGUGGAAUAGGUGGGGAGAGCAGAAUAAAGAGAGAGUGGUGAAGAAGGUCAUACAAAAGCCAGCUUGAACAGGUGAGUCUUCAGCUGCUUUUUGAAGGAGACCACUGAGUCCACUGAUCUCAGGCUCAGGGGGAGAGAGUUCCAGAGUCUGGGGACCACAGCAGCACAUGAUCUGUCACCUUUGGUCUUUAGCCUGGUGCUGCACAACCAGUAGGCUUUGAUCACUGGACCUCAGGGACCUGCUGGGGGUGUAGGGACUAAGAAGAUCACCAAUGUAAGAUGGUGCUUGUCCAUGUAAGGCCCUAUAGACCAGAACCAGGAUCUUGAAAUGAACCCUGAAGUUGACUGGCAGCCAGUGAAGCUGGAGGAGAAGCGGGGUGAUGUGGGUGUGUUUGGAGGACUUGGUCAGAAGCCGAGCACAGGCGUUCUGAACCACCUGUAGACGGUUCAGGGAGGUUCUGCUCAGACACGUGAAAAGAGAGUUACAGUAGUCUAAGCGUGAGGAGAUGAAGGUGUGGAGAACCGUCUCAGGUUCAGAGCGGGACAGAAUGGGACUCAGCUUAGCAAUGUUCCUGAGAUGGAAGAAGGAAGAGCGAACAAGAGAACUGACAUGAGAAUCCAGGGUGAGAGCUGGGUCAAAGGUCAUGCCAAGAUUCCUGCCGUAAGGUUUGGUGUGAGAAGCAAGCUGACCAAGAGAGUCUCUGACUUUGGGAACCAGCUUGUCUGGGGCACAGAUGAGGAUCUCAGUCUUAUCUUCAAUCAGCUGUAGAAAGCUCCCAUCCAUCCAGGUUUUGAUAGAGUCUAAGCAGGUGUGUAACAGCUGCAGCUUAGACAUCUCAUGAGGCUUAAAGGAGAUGUACAGUUGGAUGUCAUCUGCAUAAAGAUGGUAGGAGAUUCCCUUGAAGGAGCUCAGGAUGUGCUGAAGAGGAAGCAGAUAGAGGAGGAAGAGCAGAGGCCCCAGCACAGAACCUUGUGGGACACCAUGGGUAAGAGAGGUGGUGGAGGGCCUAAACUUGGAGACGGCCACAGAAAAGGAACACAGACAGAUAAGAGAACCACUCCAGAGCAGUUCCUGAUAGGCCUACCCAGUCUCUCAGCCUCUCCAGUAGCAGGUGAUGGUCAACAGUGUCAAAGGCUGCAGUCAGGUCCAGCAGGACCAGAACAGAACAGUCCACUGCAUCACUGUGAGUCAGAAGGUCAUUAGAGACCCUAAGAAGAGCUGUUUCAGUAGAAUGAGCUCUACGAAAACCUGACUGGAAGCUAUCAUAGAUGUUAUGUUGAUCAAGAGCAGCUGUGAGUUGUUUAGCCACAACCUUUUCCAAGAUCUUGGAGAUGAACGGAAGUUUAGAGAUGGGUCUGAAGCUGCUAUGGAGAGAGGGGUCAAGACUCGGUUUUAUAAAAAGUGGGUGGGUUACAGCAUUCUUAAAGUAAGCAGGGACCUGACCAGAAACCAGAGAAGCAUUAAUUAUAGAGAGCACUCUGGGACCGAUGGACUGAAAAGCACUUUUAAACAAAGAUGAGGGUAAGAUGUCGAGGGGGCAUGCAGAGGUCUUCAUAGAGUUAACUAGCUUGGUUAACUCAGGCAAAGAAACAGGAGCAAAGCUAUCUAGGAUGAUUGGCCUGGUUGGAGUUGGGAGAGGCAGCGAUAAGGCUGAAGGAGAGAUGCCAGAUCUAACAUUACUGACUUUGUCCACAAAGAAAGACAGAAAGUUCUCACAGUCUGCAACAGAGUGGAUGGAGGCUGAAGGAGAGGCAGGAGACACGAUGCUGCUGAUGGUGUUAAACAGCACCUUGGGGUUCUCUUUGCUAUGGGACACCAGGUUGGAGAAAUAGGAAACCCUAGCAUCUCUGACUGCAGAGUUAAAGGAUGUCAGAAGAUCCUUUAGGACUAACAUACAAACAUACACUCUUCUUUAAAUCAAUCCUCAAAAAACACCCAGAGUGGGCUGCAAUCAUAAGUCAGGACUUCCAUAAACAAAUGAAGAAAAGUUUAAACAUACAAAUGCAGAUAGAGGGAUGCACCAAAACAAGCUGGUUUCCAGGAAACGCUCAAGACUUCACUAUUAUAAAUGUGCAACUUUGACUUUUACUGGUCAUGAUGCAUGGGCCUUUUUGGUUUUGUGAGAAUGGCUUCAUGGACAUUUAAGAAUCAGUAUGUCAUGUAUGUGCUCACACACACACACACACACACACACACACACACACACACACACACACACACACACACACACACACACACGUGCGUCUGGAGGCUACAAUUUAGAAGAGAAGGAAGGUUUAGAACUAUGAUGGUCCUGAUUUAUAACCUCAUGUCUAAGCUAGUCCUGUACUUAGUCUUAAGCAUGCCUUGUCUUCCAAGUUGAUGCAAAAAAUAAAACCUUGGGUCCAUUUUGACAGUGGUAUGUGAAAAUGUGUCUUACCAGAUCACUUCUUCUCUUUCCUCCAUGGUGCAGUGGGUUAGUGCUCUCCAGGCCCAUACAGUUCUUGUGGGGGGAGUUCCAGUGUGCAUGUUCUUUGGUGCAGCAGUGUGUUUAUGAGUCAUUUUCAACAUCUCUGAGGGGAAAACCCUCAUGAGAUGUUAUGAAUGUAAAAAUCCACGUUCCUUCUGAAAGACCUGCUCACAUCAGGCUCUUCAAAGCUCCAGACAAAGACUGUAUGGCUGAGAAAAUAUGAAGCUGUAAAAAGCAACGUCAAACGUGAACUUCUGUAUGAUUUGUGUUUGUGUGUGUAAAUUGGAAUGAGUUCUUGAGCUAGGAUUGUUUCUCAUGUUAUUGUACAAAUAUACACACUCCCAUCCCAGUUUUCAUUUUUUCCUUCACAUCUUUUAUCCUUAACCAUUUCCCUCCCAAUCAUCUCCUCCCCUCGCUUUGAACCUUUAUAUUUUCUCCAUUUAUUAAUCCCCCCCCCCCCCCCCCCCAGUACUCCCAUUCACCCAUACAUACUUUUCAAAUAAGUAAAAUAGUUUAGGAAAGAUUAGGAAAUGAGGGAGAUUUACUAUGCAAAAGGAAGGAGGUCAAGAGUACGAGACAACCUGAAGAAAUAAAGGACAUCUGAUGCAUGCGUCAUCUUUACCUAUGAGUAGGAGACAUGUACAAAUUGAACAUUAAAUAAAUAAUUAUGAAGCUGUUGUAAA